CCGCGUGAAACGGAUCUCAGUCCUGUAAAAGAUGGCCUCUCUGUUGAAUGUUUUGUUGCGAAAAUCUUCGAAUUUUGGGCAAACUAAGGCCCUUUUACUUAAUUUACCUGCAGUUAACAAUGUGAACUCCCAAAGGAAAGCGCAUCGAUGGAUGCCAGACACGGACUACAUAAAGCAGUUUGAGGGACCGGUGAUGUUCCCCGAUGAGGUCACUGCGUUGAUGAAGCAUCCACCAUACAACAGCAUCAUCCCGCCAGCGGAGAAGCAUGUCCGCAACAUGAUCCUGAACUUCGGGCCGCAGCACCCGGCCGCCCACGGCGUCUUGCGACUUGUCUUGGAGCUGGACGGAGAGACGGUCCGAGCAGCCGACCCUCACAUCGGUCUCCUCCACCGAGGCACUGAGAAGCUCAUCGAGUACAAGACCUACACCCAAGCGCUGCCUUACUUCGACCGGCUGGACUACGUCUCCAUGAUGUGCAACGAGCAGUGCUACAGCCUGGCUGUGGAGAAACUGCUGAAUAUCGAUAUUCCGCUGCGAGCUAAGUACAUUAGAACGCUCUUCGGUGAAAUAACCCGCAUCCUUAACCACAUAAUGGCGGUUGGUACGCACGCGCUCGACGUCGGAGCCCUAACUCCCUUCUUCUGGCUGUUCGAGGAGAGAGAGAAGAUGAUGGAAUUCUACGAGAGAGUCAGCGGCGCAAGGAUGCACGCGGCUUACAUCCGCCCUGGAGGAGUGUCAUUGGACAUGCCACUAGGCCUGAUGGACGACAUCUACGAGUUCUCCAGCAAGUUCGGCGAGCGACUCGACGAGGUGGAAGACGUACUUACAACCAACCGCAUCUGGGUGCAGAGAACCAAGGACAUAGGUGUGGUCACUGCUCAGGACGCGCUUAACUAUGGUUUCAGCGGCGUGAUGCUCCGCGGCUCCGGCAUCAAGUGGGACCUGCGCAAGACGCAGCCCUACGACGCCUACCACCUCGUCGACUUCGACGUGCCUAUUGGAACACACGGUGAUUGCUACGACAGGUACUUAUGCCGAGUGGAGGAGAUGCGCCAAUCGCUGCGCAUCAUCGAGCAGUGCCUCAACCAGAUGCCUCCUGGAGAAGUCAAGACCGACGACGCCAAGCUCACGCCGCCCUCCCGUGCUGAGAUGAAGACAUCAAUGGAAGCCCUGAUCCACCACUUCAAGCUGUUCACGCAAGGCUACCAAGUGCCUCCAGGCGCCACCUACACAGCGGUCGAAGCGCCGAAGGGCGAGUUUGGCGUGUACCUCGUCUCAGACGGCAGCUCCAAGCCUUACAGGUGCAAAAUCAAGGCGCCCGGUUUCGCCCACUUAGCAGCUUUGGAAAAGGUCGGCAAGAACUCCAUGUUAGCUGACAUCGUGGCCAUCAUCGGAACCCUGGACGUCGUGUUCGGAGAAAUCGACCGAUGAACCGGUUUUGGUAACCAGAAAACCGGUUUUGUUUGGGUGUUGAUUUAGUGGAAAUUAUGAGAUAUUUUUGUUGAAAAGCAGUGAUAAAAAAACGUUCAUAACUAUAGUCUGGUCUGUGAGCACGUAGAAUUUUGUCCAAUGACCCCAAGCUACUCAUCCUUAUCGCUCGCGCGUAAUUAUGUUGCUGUCGCGCUCGCACACUCACUGCGGGCGCCCGUCGCACAGUCGCGACAGCAAUAUACAGGAUGGGUAGCUUGGGGUCAUUGGACAAAAUUCUACGUGCCCACGGACCGGGCUUUAAUUAAUUUCGUUGCUGGUCCAAUGACAGUUUAACUUUCCCUUAGGACAAACUUGACCUCUCUGGUUGUGUUUUUGGUGGCUCAUUUGUAGAUCCUGACUACACAGGAGUUGUUAAAAUCUUUAUAUCAUCAGGUCAUUUAGUCUCCACUGCAGGAGCGCGACCCUCUAAUUUACCAGAGGCAAAUGGAGGAUUUGGCCUACACUCCCCACGCUGGCCAGACGGGUUGGGGAGGCCUGAUGUUCGCAUAUUUAAAUAUGUAUCGUUCCUUCGUUUCAGCCAAAUGACGUCCACUGCUGGACAAAGGCCUCCUCCAAGGUUUUCCACAAUGCACGGUCCUGCGCUGCCCGCAUCCAGGCUCUCAAAUAUGUAUAGUGGAUCAAGAAAAUCAUGUAAGGUUUAUAAUAGUGAAAUAAUAUCAAAUGUUCCUAUUUCAUUAAAUCAACACUCAAACACCAUAUUACCGGUAAACGGUAACGUUAAAAAUUAAAAUAUCGGUCAUACCGGUAAAAACCGGUUGCAACCGGUUUUAGCUUGUAAGCGACUCAAUAGCAAAUGGCUGUACAUUAUUGUAAUAUAUUACGUUUGGAUUAAAUAGUAUCUAAUAGAAA